AUGGCAUCGAUAUCGAGCCUUCCUCCCGAGAUGCUGGGUGAAAUUGCCGCAUGCUUCCAAGAUGACACCCCACUUGGUGUAAAGAAGGACUGGAUUGCCGACCAGAACACGCUCACGAUUCUUUCUAGGGUUUCGAAGUCAUUCCAAUAUGCAACGCAACCUCUUCUCUAUCGCAAGAUCUAUCUCGCCGUCCGGGACCCAGCCGGCCUCGACAUCUUGUCGUUGAUCAAGGUUCUCUAUCAUCGCAAGGACCUCCGCUCCAAGGUGAAUAAAGUUCAGAUACACUUUGGAACAGGUUUUUCUUGCCACCUGGAGCGAACUAUAGACGAUUUCCAGGAACUCGAUCAUCUGGCUCGCGAAAUUGGUCAGACAAGCCUCAGCCGCGCACUAUGGGGCAACACAAGUAGACAAUGGUCAUACAACAAUGUAUUAUCUUCGGUGCUUUUCCAUCAGCUUCGAGGUGUAUCCCAAGUCAUGAUCACUGGGCUGUGUGGCCAGAACUGGAAAGCCAACUAUGGAGUUUUCAACCACUUUGACGAUGCUUGGUCGGUCUUGCCAUAUCUCUUGAUACCCCCCUCAGAGACACCGGAGGCUUUGCUUCCGAACUUGACCUUUCUUCGUUUGGACCUUCACGUAAUUACAACCAUCGAUCUCUCAACCUUUCACUUGCUCACUCGUCUUGCACCCAACCUUGAGGAGUUUGAAGGCUGCGGCUUUGAAAGCGUCCCGGUCCAGGCUUUCAACACUUUCAAAAGGCUCAAGCGUUUGUCUCUUUCGGAAGCACCUCUUGUGGACAGCGACUUCCCAAACCAGGGAGAAUUUCUCCAAAUUCCGCCUGGUCUUCAUUCUUUCUAUUACAGUACGCGUUUCUCCUGGUUCUCGGAUGAGCAGAACAUUUCUCCGAUGAGGGUCCGACGGGCGCUGGCGCAACAUUCAGAUACUCUGAUUGACAUUCACGUCCAAUGCCACAUCGAAAUGGAGGAGCACGAGUGGUUCGAUACCUUUGGAAUGUUUCAAAGACUCGAGCAUCUUUCGGUGGAUCCAGCGGACUUUGAUUUGAAUUAUCAGAACGCCUUGGACGGCCCAAAUGCGUUCAUCACCACAUUACCUCGAUCACUUCGAAGCCUAACCUUCCUGGCCCAGCACCACUCAGACUUCAAGGACAUCGAAUGGCUUGCCGACGCCGUUCACGAAGGGGACUUUGAAAACCUCGAAAGCUUCACCAUUCAUGUUCCAUACAGAGACAGAGACUUCUUUCACAAGGCUAUGAGCGAAAUCUGCUAUCGAGGGAACUUUGGACUACGACAUACCGAAUUGGAAAGUUUCCCUGCGACGUCAUUGAUCAACGAGGCUGGCUCCCUGCUCAGUCAAGUGACCCCAGCGCAAGAGCCCAGCCGAUGGCGAGCGAUCGGCACUUUCGGACUCUACGUCCUCGGCAUUGGCACUGUCUUCAUCAUCGGAGCUGUUGGCUUCAUGAGCUUUUUCUGGAAAACUUCAAUACAGGCCAAAGAAGUCGUUGUGCAAAACACAUUAUGGAGUCAAAUCGUUUUCGCCGACUGGGCGUCUAGAUCAAUCACUCUGACGGCCGCUGCGCUGCGUGUUUGUCUGGCGCUCCAGAUGAGCUUGUUCACCGCAAUCAUCGCCUCGCUCAUGAUAGAACGGACAGGGAUAUCUUUCAGCGCGGCUCCCUUCGUCUCUAUGCUGAGAGCUAUGCCUGCACCGCCGUACGAUUUGAUCAGUUGGACACCUUUCGACAUGCCCUGGGGCAUUGGGACCGUUUACACCAUGGCUAUCACAACUUCAGUUCUCCUGACAGCAGCAUCUCAGUUGGCCUCGACCGCCUUGCUGUCUGAUUUCGUAGUGGUAAAUGUGACUGCACCGCAAAAAGCCGUCAACAUGCCGUACGGAAACAGUAGCGUCAUAAACCCAACAGUGAUGCAGGGCUCCAGCAUCUAG